AUUAUGGACUUUUCUGAUGACAGAAGCAGCGGCCGGGGAGUCGGAUAAACUUUACAUUUCUUGUUUUUUUAUUGGGGUGGCGAAAUGUCCUGAAAUGCAUGCUCCUUUUUUGUUUGUUUUGAAGUGAAGAGAUGUGCAGACUUUGGUUCGCUGAGGACUGAAGCAGUGUACUUUGACUGCAGACCGUAACGUUAUCGUGUCCUGUCCGAACAGCUUCCUUCGGCUGUGACAACUCUUGCUCCAGCCUGCUUCAGACGCAGAAGCCCCCCCAGUUGUGGGUGGUGGGCGGAUAACGUGUGUGUUUGGCUCCGCCUGUCUGUUAGCACCGAGAGGUUAGGGUCAGCGGUGGGGACAAUGCGGGGGUAUCGCCCAUUUAUUGUUCAAAAACCCCUACAGAGCGAACGCAAAGAGUGCAGGAAGAGAAGUACCACAGGCUGGACAGCUGAGGGCGGUAAUGAGUAACGUGGAAAACUGCGAAGGUCCUCACAAAUAUUUUGCUGUGAAUGUUGUUAAGACAGGAAGCUGCCGCUCUGCAAGAAUGACCUCCGACUCGGCGACCCUCAAUCCUGGCAACAGGAUCAUGACCUUCUACCCGACCAAGGAGGAGUUCAGGAACUUCAGUCGCUACAUCGCCUACAUCGAGUCUCAGGGCGCUCACAAAGCUGGGCUGGCCAAGAUUGUUCCACCCAAGGACUGGAAGCCCAGGAGGAGCUAUGAUGACAUAGACGAACUGGUGAUCCCAGCUCCCAUCCAGCAGGUGGUGACGGGGCAGUCUGGCCUCUUCACCCAGUACAACAUCCAGAAGAAGCCCAUGACCGUGCGGGAGUUUCGCAAGAUUGCGAACAGCGACAAGUUCUGCAAUCCACGCUACGCAGACUUCGAGGAACUUGAGAGGAAGUACUGGAAGAACCUGACCUUCAACCCGCCCAUCUACGGCGCGGACGUGAACGGGACGCUGUACGACCCAGAUGUAACCGAGUGGAACAUCGGCCACCUGAACACCAUCCUGGACACGGUGGAGACGGAGAGCGGGAUCACCAUCGAGGGGGUGAACACCCCAUACCUGUACUUCGGCAUGUGGAAGACCACCUUUGCCUGGCACACGGAGGACAUGGACCUCUACAGCAUCAACUACCUGCACUUCGGGGAGCCCAAGUCCUGGUAUUGUAUCCCACCUGAACAUGGAAAGAGACUGGAACGUCUUGCUAAAGGUUUCUUUCCUGGAAGCUCCCAGAAUUGUGAAGCUUUCCUUCGUCACAAAAUGACCUUGAUUUCGCCUUCCAUCCUGAAAAAAUACGGCAUCCCAUUCGAAAAGAUUACUCAGGAAGCGGGAGAGUUCAUGGUUACGUUCCCAUAUGGUUAUCAUGCUGGGUUCAACCAUGGCUUUAACUGUGCAGAGUCCACAAAUUUUGCCACUCACCGGUGGAUUGAGUAUGGAAAGCAAGCAAUACUGUGCUCCUGCCGGAAGGACAUGGUGAAGAUCUCCAUGGACGUGUUCGUGCGCAAAUUCCAGCCGGAGCGCUACAGGCAGUGGAAGGCGGGCAAGGACAACUCUGUCAUCGACCACUCGAAGCCCACGCCGGAGGCGGCCGAGUUCCUGCGGGAGGGGAAGGGGGGCUUCGAGACGGAGGUGCCGGCGAGCCCAGACGGCGGCGAGCAUGUGCAGGACGCGGAGGAGGAGGAGGAGGAGGAGAAGAGGAGUGUUUCCAAGCAGAGAAUAGGCACCAAGAGACAUCGGGUUUGUCUGGAGGUCCCAGAAGAGGUGCUCACCAAGGAGGAGUUUUCGGAUGAGCAGUAUGAAGUGGACGUCCCGGAGAAGAAAGUGAAGCUGGCAGCAGAGCUGGACUGCCAGACAGUGGUGGGCUGCAAGGAAGGAUCCAGCCUGCAAGAGCAAGGGCGCUGUGACCCGGACGCGUGUGGAAGUCGGGGCGAGCAGGCCGCGCCCCCGCCCGCUCCCGGGAUCGGCACCGCCGGGGGGGCGCAGGGCGGGACCGACGUCGGUUCCGCUUCCCCGGUCUGGGGUUCCCCGCGGUCCAGCCCCAGCUCGGACCCAGGCCCGCCGGCCCUCCAGAGGACUCUGAGCCCCGCUGAGGCUCUGCAGGUCCACAGCUACGCCAGAGGAGACCGGGGCGACACGGAGACGGGCGUGGGCGAGGAGGCGCUGGCGGGGCAGGCCGAGCAGGUGCUGGGAGAGGGCCCCGAAAGCAGGACGCUGAAAAGCAAACGGCAGCCUCUCAGCAAACUCCCCCGCCACCACCCGCUGAUCAGGGACUGCUUCAGCGACGAGGAGCUGCAGGAGCAGGGGCCCGCGGACGAGGAGACCGGGGAGGCCGAGCCGUGGGCCAAGCCGCUGGCCCACCUGUGGCAGAACAGGCCUCACAACCUGCAGGCCGAGCGGGAGUACAACCUCCGCAUGGGGCAGCAGGCCCCCUACUGUGCCGUGUGCAUGCUGUUCCAGACGUACCAGCAGUCCGAGUGCAGCGCCACCGUCCGGAGCCCCGAGGAGGACGCGGAGGGGCAGCUGCGGACGAAGCCUCUGAUCCCAGAGAUGUGUUUCACCGCUACCGAGGACAACACGGAGGUGCGCUUCUCCGCCCCGUACCUGGAGGAGGAUGGGACCAGCCUGCUCGUCAGCUGCGCGCAGUGCUGCGUGCGGGUUCACACCAGCUGUUACGGUGUGGCUCCUGAGAAGGUGACUGAUGACUGGAAGUGCUCGCGGUGUGAAGCGAACGCUGAGGCAGAGAGCUGCUGCCUGUGCCCACUGAGGGGAGGAGCCCUGCGGAGAGCAAACAAUGACAAGUGGGUGCACGUCCUGUGUGCGGUGGCCGUGCUGGAGGCCCGGUUCGUGAACAUUGCGGAGCGCAGCCCGGUCGACCUUAGCGGGAUACCCCUGCAGAGGUUCAAACUGAAGUGCUUCUACUGCAAGAAGCGGAUGAAGAAGACGGCGGGGUGCUGUGUGCAGUGCUCGCACGGCCGCUGCCCCACCUCCUUCCACGCCACCUGCGCGCAGGCCGCGGGGGUCCUGAUGCAGCCCGACGACUGGCCCUUCGUGGUCUUCAUCACCUGUUACCGCCACAAGGGUCCCAUUCACACAGAGCGCAACAAGGCAGUCUUGCGGGAGCUCUGCGUGGGACAGAAGGUGAUCUGCAAGCACAAAAACGGCCGCUACUACCAGUGCGAGGUGGUGAGGCUGACCAAAGAGACCUUUUACGAGGUCAACUUCGACGACGGCUCCUUCAGCGACAACCUCUUCCCGGAAGACAUAGUGAGCCGAGACUGCCUGCAGCUGGGCCCGCCCGCGGAGGGGGAGGUGGUGCAAGUCCGGUGGACGGAUGGCCUGGUUUACGGAGCCAGGUUCGUGGCCGCCCACGUCAUCCAGAUGUACCAGGUGGAGUUUGAGGACGGGUCGCAGCUCACGGCCAAGAGGGACGACGUCUACACUCUCGACGAGGAGCUGCCCAAGAGAGUCCGGUCCAGGCUGUCGGUGGCGUCAGACAUGCGCUUUGAUGGGAUCUUCACGGAGAAGGAGGUUAAGCAAGAGUCCAAGAGGCAGCGGGUGAUUAACUCCAGGUACCGUGGUGACUAUAUCGAGCCUGUGGUCUACCGGGCCAUCAUGGAGUGAGCUGGCCUCUGCGCUCCAGCCCACACCCAGUAACACACUGGGGACGCGCCGAAGAGAAAACUAGGGACAGCCACCCUCUAAACCUUAAGUUAUUGACUUUGCGUUUUUCUGAACUCUGGGGGAAAAAAAAAAAAACGUGGACAGCUUGGAAAUAAAACAGUACCGUGUCCUUGACCUGCAGUGAGUGCAGCCUGCAUCAACUUAAUCUAUUUCACCGUCUUUUUUUAAAAGAGCUGAGAUGAUACUUUUGUCUUCAAGGUGAUUCACCUUUCCUUGUGUUUGACAUCCAUCCAAAACCUGGACACAUCAGUGGAGGCUUGCAGUGACAGGAGCUGCCAUACAGCCUGUUCUGUGUGGGACAACAGCUUGCCCUAUACCAUAGGUAUAACUCCAGGGUCAGUAGCUGGGACAUUUCUCAAUGGUGGAACUCCAUACAACAGGGCUUUGUUUUUUGCUUCAUAAAAUGUUGCAUGCUGUUUAUUUUUCACAUUUCAGGGGUGCUGUUUCUGCCAACAUUUGGUGUAACAGAAGUGCCAUUUUAAUAACAAGCUUGUUCUCUAUGCAGAUCUAAACCAGUUGAAGGUUGACUGCAUUCUUGAGCUCACUUGAAGUGUAGGCCAUUAACCUUAUUAGUAGCAUUACGUUUCAGUUCUGAAGUUUGUUUCCAAGCAGUGAGGUGGUGCUUCUGGCCUUCAGCCACGCAAUACAUUGAAUCAAAAAAAUUAAACCGUUUAGUUGUAAGAAAAAAGUUUUUUUUUUUGUUCUCUUUAAGUAAAUUCAUGCAAAGGCCAGACUUUUUUGCUGGUGCUUUAGAGCUUACUGACUAGUCUUAUUUUUCUCUGUUAAUAUUAGUUUGAAAAAGCCCAGCCUUAAGUUUCAUGGGCAUCUGUUGCUUUCCUGUGGGUUCAUUACAGCCUUGUAAUCUACAGCAUUUAAUGAAAUUACUCUAAUUUAAGUUUGAUGAUUAUUUUGAGAACAUGGUGUUUUUUGAGUAGCCUGUUGCAAUUACAAUCUUGUUAAAAACUCAAGAUGUCAAGACGUGUGUGUGUGUGUAUAUAUAUGUUAUUUAAGAGGGUUCUUGUGUUAAAAAAAUUUGCUUUUGCAUUCAUUUUGCUCCCAAUGUUUGAAUACUGGGUUUUUGGGGCACAGCUAAAAUGGCUCUUCUGAAGCCACAAUGCACUUAGAUUGAAAAAGUCCUCAUUAGAAGUGUUGAGCCCAGGAAACAGCUACUAUCUGUUCCUGCUUUAAGAUAUGCAGGCUGUGAGAAGGGAAACUGGUGUCUUUAGAUGCUGACUCCAGGACAGAGGCAGCCCGUAUAAGCAAUCCAAAACCAUUAACUGAGCACAUAUCAGAGUGUAAGCUUGUUUGUAUUCUACUAUAUUGACCAAUUUCAAGUGAAGCAUUUGAGAGCUGUUGUUUGGGUGGGUGGGGGGUGGGGGAAACCCUUAAGAUAUGUUUUUCUAUGCUCAAAGCUUUUUCUCCAUGAAGUGUAAUAUGUUCUCGUAGCCAUACUGUGUGAUGAACUGUCUUUGAAUAGAGUCGUACGUAGAUUAUUUAAAAUGUUAACCAUGUAUCUUAAUGAUCCCAUUUGUUCAUCCUUGAUCAUGUUCACCAAGAACAGUAUUGUCAUACUACAUUUUUACAGCCUGUAUUAAACUAUUUUAAGCACA